AUGGCUGAGCUCCGCAUGGAAGAUCAAGCAUCCUUCUUCAACUUCCUGAGGAUGCCUCCGGAGAUGUUCGAUGAACUGCUUGUCAGAAUUGGGCCGAGAAUCCAGAAGCAGGACACCCGAUACAGAAAAGCACUUGAACCAGGACUGAAACUGGCAAUCACCAUAAGGCAUCUAGCAUCGGGUGAUAAAUAUCCCUCACUUCAGUAUGACUUCAGAGUGGCCCGCAACACCAUAUCGCUGUUGGUUCCAGAGGUGUGCCAGGCUAUUGUAGAAGAACACAAAGAGGAGGUCAUUUCGUGUCCUACGAUGCCAGAAGAAUGGCAUGCCAUUGCCGAAGAUUUCCGGAAAAAAUGGAAUGUGCCCCAUGCCUGCGGUGCCAUCGACGGAAAACAUGUGGCCAUCAGAUGCCCACGGAACUCUGGCUCAUUGUAUCAUACCUAUAAGGGCUUCUUUUCCGUGGUGCUUAUGGCUUUGGUGGAUGCCGACUACAAGUUUGUGUGGAUAGACGUGGGUGGAUACGGGUCACAGUCAGACGCUCAAAUCUACAACGAAUCGGAAUUGAAAGACUGUCUAGAAGAUGGAUCCAUUGGCUUUCCUGAUCCAGAUCCACUGCCGAACGAUGACAGGAACAUGCCGUACUUUUUCCUGGGAGACGAUGCUUUUGGACUGAGAACAUACCUUAUGAAGCCAUACUCACACCGCGGCAAGACAAGGGAAGAGAUGAUCACCAACUACAGGAUCUCCAGAGGGAGACGCGUGGUCGAAAAUGCAUUCGGCAUACUGGCCCAGAGAUGGCAGCUUCUACUCACAACCAUGCAGCAAACUCCCAAGACAGUGAGCCUCAUCAUCGAGGCUUGCGUCUGCCUUCAUAACCUCAUGAGAAUACGCUACCCAGGCCUUCAGAAUGCACAGCUUGACAAUGAAGACGAGCAACAUUACAUGGUGCCAGGACUCUGGAGAGAAACAGCAAAUAUGCACGAUGUCAAUCGAGUGACCGGCCCGAACCGUGACAGCGUGGCCGCAAAGAAGCAGAGAGAGUACCUGAAACUGUACUUUAAUAGUCCGACAGGAUCUGUGCCAUGGCAGGACCGUAUGAUAAUGUGA